AUGAAUACACACCUCUUUUGGAAAAAAAUAAUAGGAACACGAAUAGUGUGGGAAUACCGAAAAAAAGGGAAAUUGUUUUUUACGAGAAAAUAUUUCUCUACAAAUGAAACAAAACCAUUUAAGAUAGGAAUAAUUGGUGCUGGUCCUUCGGCUCUAUACUGCUGUAAACAUUUAUUAAAACAUGAAAGAAUUAAAGUCGAUAUAUUUGAUAAAUUACCCAACCCAUAUGGACUUAUAAGAUAUGGGGUAGCACCAGAUCAUGUUAAUGUGAAAAAUACAUACAAAACAUUUACCCCAGUAUUCUUAAGUAACAAUUAUAGAUUUUUUGGAAAUGUUCACAUAGGUUAUGAUUUAAAAAUGGAAGAACUUCGAGACCACUACAACUGUAUCAUUUUUUGUUGUGGUGCUUCGGAUGUUUCGCUCCCUGUUUUGCAGCUUGUUACAAGGCGUGAAAAGGGGCACGGAGGUAUGAGGCAAAAAUCGACACAGGGGGGAGGAGUUCAUACGGCUUAUAAAUAUGGAAAUCUGAAUGGAAGUAUGAAUGAAAACUUGAAUGGAAAUCUGAAUGGAAUUAUGAAUGAAAACUUGAAUGGAAAUCUAAAUGGAAUUAUGAAUGAAAACUUGAAUGGAAAUCUGAAUGGAAGUAUGAAUGAAAACUUGAAUGGAAAUCUGAAUGGAAUUAUGAAUGAAAACUUGAAUGGAAAUCUGAAUGGAAAUAUGAAUGAAAACUACCUAGACGCCCAAAGUGACCUCCAUGGAGGUCUGUUCCACGCUCGAGACCUCAUCUAUUUCUACAAUAACAUGUACGAAGACGUUCGGUGUAGAGAAGUAGACAAAUAUCUUAACUCAUUCGAAAAUUUUUCUAGUUCUGUUAUUAUAGGAAACGGAAAUGUAUCAUUGGACAUUGCACGUGUUUUGACAAAAUCGUGUGACGAUCUAAAAAAAACGGACAUCAACAGUGAUUAUAUCAACGCAAUAAAACGACACAAAAUUAAACAUAUAUAUAUAGUAGGACGUAGAGGAUUUUGGCAAUCUUCCUUUACGAAUGCAGAAUUGAGAGAAUUACUUUCCCUGGAUAAUACUAAGGUGAUAUUAAAUAGAAAAAAUUAUGACAUAUGUUAUCAUUUAAAAAGUGAUGAUUCAAAUUCGAAUAUGAAAAAAAGACAACAUGAUAUUUUUUUAAAUAUGGUUAAAAAUUAUGAACAAGUAGAAAAAAAUAAAAACUUUUAUAAAAAUUAUAAAAUUAUUGAAUUUAUUUUUUAUUAUGAAAUAAAAAAAAUUCACCGUAUCAAUAACUUUAUGAAAGAUAUAGAAUUUGAGCUGAACAAAAAGUUAGACAUCUCUCAUUCGUCUCUUCAGCAGAAAAAAAUUUUAACAACACCGCUAGUCAUUUUUGCUACAGGUUUUAAAAAAAAUAAAUUCUCUGAAAAUUUGUACAAUCAAUCUGUUUAUAAUUUUAAAGAAGAUAAGCUCAAUUACAGGUUUGAUGUUUUCAAAGCAGGAUGGUUUGAUAAAGGUCCCAAGGGAAAUAUAGCUAGCCAGAUUUUAAAUUCUAAAAAUUGUACUCAACUUGUUUUAAAUUUUCUUCAAAAUGUAACUACAUUCUUUGACAAUGAUAUCUCCGACUUGUUAAAAAAAAAGAAAGUUCAGUUUCUCACUUUUGAUGACUGGAUGUACAUUCAACAAUUAGAGGAACAGUUCGGCAAGCAAAAAAACAAAAUUGCACAAAAAUUUUCCGAAAUGAAAGAGGUGUUGCGUAUAGUGAAUGAUCGAAUCGGAAGAACCCCAUGA